AUUCAACCGACACAGACGAAUUGCCAAUGCAGUCAGUCUGCUGUCAUCAUAUCUUCUUUUUCAAAAGCAAUGUCUGAAGUCCGGUGUGUUAGUCGACAAGGCACAGAAUACUACAAAUUGGUUUCUCUAGAAUCUAACUUUUCACGUAUUUCACGCUUUUGGCUCAUGGCUUCCUUAAAUUCAAGCAUCAUCGCUUAUGACAACAGUGAGAAAACUUUAUGGAAGUUUGAAAAUGACGUAUGGACUAAUGUCAGUACACUUCCCGAUAAUUUGCAGCCAUUUCGAGACGUUGAAGAAUCCAAGAUAUUCAGCUGUGCUGUUGCAACAAAUAGUGCUAGUUACAUCGUUUUCAGCCUUCGUGACAGCAGAGUCCUACAGUUUGACUUGAAACGAAAUGAAUUCAUUAUUGAAAAUGUGGCAGGCGACAUUCCUAAUGUUUGGUAUGACCAAAUAGUGUCCAGCAUUUUUGAAGACGAGAAUAUCAUUAUCGUCUUUACAAUCAACUUGCGUACUAGUAGAACAAGAAUAUGGAAAUUCAUCCACGAAAACAAAGUUUGGUUUUGGAAAAGAUUGCCAAAUCCUGACUUGGCACCAUCCCUUACACCCGAAGCGGCUUACGAUAUGCAAAGUAACCAUUUAACAUUUUGGGGACAAUUUCCAGAGACACCUGAUCAACGUUCGUGGAAUAAAAUCAUAUGGAACUUAGAUUUGGCAAGUAUGCAGUGGUUCUUCAAAGUCAAAAACCAACUUUGGAAUGACUAUUGUUACGAAGCUAGUAGCUGGAUCGGUAGUUGCUUUGUUGCACUUGCCAACGACUGGUACUCUCAAAGCAUCAAAACAAUGAUUCAUAAUACAACUGACAAUAAAUGGAGAUUGAUAUCCAAUUCAUCAAUAACAGUGCGAUAUUAUACGUCUUUUGUAGCUGUUAAUGACACUACUGCUAUCUUAUUUGGUGGAACAAACCACAUUACUUUUAGCAACGAAACGUGGAUAAUGCACCUUAAACCAUUGUUUAUGUGGAGACAAGCUGCAGGAGACAUGGUGCAUUCUGUCCGACCUAGCGCACGAGUGGGUCACGCAGCUGCUAUAAUGCAGUCCAAAAUGUAUGUGUUUGGUGGAGGAGAUGUUUCUUCGCAAUGUUUAAAUGACCUCUGGAUGUUUGACGUCAAAACCGAAAGAUGGUCAAAACUGACAGCUCUCAAUAUAGGACCUAAUUUCUCAAAGGCUUGUACGUGCUUAUAUUCUGCUGUCUCAACACCAGGCCAACUGCUAAUCACUGUAAUGAUGGAAAUCCAUCCGAAUGCCAGUAACUACCGUCCCCUACUAGAAACAUGGAUGUAUCUUGUAGACGCCAAUACUUGGCAAUUCGUUACAUCGUGGCAUCCAACAUUCUAUUUUUUACCAAAUGUAAAGUCAUUCAAAUCUUUCUAUUGGAAAGGAUUUCUUGUCGUUUUCGACUUCUUACAAAUGAACAUCAAGUAUUUAGCGGUCAGAUGUCCAGCUGGAUUUACCUCACCUAACAUAUCCGAAAUACCUUGCAAUUUCUGCAGAAAAGGAUAUUACAGAGAAACGGAAUUUGAUGAUCCAGACUGUAUUCCGUGCCCAAACGGCCUAACGACCGCCAUCAUUGGAGCUCGCAAAAUCGAAGAGUGUACUGUCUGCAAUGUAGAUCAAUGCAAAUACGGCAACUGUGUAGCUGAUUUUAGCAAAGAAGGUCUACGACCAGCUUGUCAAUGUUACGUCGGCUUCACCGGCUCUACAUGCCAAUAUCCUACCUACUUUCUCAUAGGAGCAGGAAUCAUUCUAUUCGUUGCUGUAGCUACCGCUGGCGUUACAGCUUAUCUUUCAGUGCUAAACAGAAAAAGGAAAAGCGAGCGUGCUUGGCGAGAAGAAGUUACUGUGUUAACUAACGUAUGGCAAAUAGAUGAAGACGAAGUGACGUCAGGAGAACUACUUGGAUCUGGUGCAUCUGGAUCCGUUUACAAAGGUUCAUACAGAAAUAUCACUGUAGCUGUAAAGAAAAUGGUGGCUGUCGGUCUUCCCAAGUCUAUAGAAGACUUCGAAACGGAGAUAAUGUUUAUGAGAACUGUAAGACACAAGAAUAUCGUUCUCUUCAUUGGUGCAGGAAAGUCACAACCAGAAGACGUUCCUUUUCUUGUCAUGGAAUAUAUGGAGCGAGGAUCUCUACGGAAUGUACUAUACGAUUUAUCGAUUGAUAUCGACUAUAACCGUAAGCUAUCAUUUGCCAUGGAUUCAGCAAGAGGUAUGCAUACUCUUCACACUUUGGAACCGCCUCGAAUACAUCGAGAUUUGAAAAGCGAUAAUCUUCUGGUAAGCAAAGACUGGAUCGUUAAAGUGGCUGAUUUCGGUUUAGGGAGAGACGUUUCCAGUAUCGUCACAAGAAAUGGACAAUAUAGUGGACGCAGAUGUCCCUCGGAUCAAGAACAUAUUUCUCUACUUCCCAAACGAGAUGGCUUGUCAUAUACAGGUGUCGGAACAGAGAGAUGGCGAGCUCCAGAAUUGAGACUUCGAGAACCAUACGAUACCUCAGUAGACUUGUACAGUUUUGGAAUUGUGUUUUGGGAGAUCUGGACAAGAGAGCUUCCAUUCAAUCAAUACAGAUUUGACCAUCAAGUGAGUGAAGCCGUGGCUAGAAAUGAAAGACCUGUAAUUCCUGAAGAUUGUCCACAACCGUUGGCAAUGAUCAUGAAAAGCUGCUGGUCAUCCAAACCAUCAGACAGACUUUCGUUUGACAAAGUUAUUUUACAACUUGAAUAUCUAGAUAACAUCUAGAUAACAUACAGUAUUGCAUUUCAGAAGCAGAAUGCGUUAGUUUCUAGAAAGCAAUUUCAGUUAUGCGUGCAUGGUUACGAGUAGCAAAGCUCUAGUGUGUAUGGUUGAAUGUUGUCUAGAAA